AAGAGUCCUGAUCUAACGUGAGUUUUGUUAAGCAGCUCUGGUUGUGAGGAGAAGAGGCUGUUGCCGACUCCGGGGCAGAGCUCAUGAGCUGUGUGGCAGGGGAGAGGGGCCUGGACGCCCCACUCACGGCUGGACCCCCGUGGCCUGCUGCGGGUCCCGUUGACGGUGCUGCUCUCUCUAGGCGGGGCUGCUCAGGGCACUUGUCUGCCUGCACUACGGUGGUGGGACCCCAGACACCAUGUGACUGUUUAGGCCCUUGUGGUUCCUGGGGUUGAUUGCAAGAUGCACCUCAGCAAGGACCAUCAGGAAACCAGAAACAAAAUAAACCCAGAUUUGUUACUCACAAGUCCUGGAGAAGCCACCGUUCACCCUCGGGCCACCCAAUGAGGUCGCCAGGAGGUGGGGAAGGGCACCCACCAGGGCUCUGCCUUUCCUAGGGUCCAAGCUGGAGAGGGCUGGGGUCUCUUGAUCUCUGUUUACUGGUGAAUUUAAACAAAGAGCAGGAAUUAGGGCACAGGAAGGGAGGAGUGCGGUCAUUCUAGGGGCCAGUUACCUAGCUCACCCGGGGCUUUCCACGAGGGGGUCGGCCUGGCUCCUUGUCUGGUUGUAACUGCUAGCUUUGUCGCGCAGCUGGUGACCUGUUUAUUCCAGAUGGCUGUCUUUGAAUCGGAUGCCCUGUGAUCUGUGAUCCAAAGCUUCUUGUCAGGCCUCCUGCUGCAGGUAUACACACUGGGACCAGCGGCUGACCCACAGCUUCUAAAUCCCUUGGAAUUUCCUGGGUGGCAGGGGUGUCUUUUGUUUGAGGAGGCGACUCUGGGUGGGCUCCGGAUAGCUCUAGGAUAGGCCCAUCACCAGAAAGCCCAAGUCUGCAGGGAACGGGAAGGUGCUGGAGAUGGAGCGAAUCGUCAUUCACGCUCAUGGGGUGAGCCUCCAUGAAAAUCCCUGAACUGUGGGGUUCAGGGAGCCUCCGGCUUGGUGAGCACGUCCACGUGCUGGGAGCAUGGCACACCCCAGCUCCACAGCACGGUAGCUCCUGUGUUCGAGACUCUUCCUGACUUUGCCCUGUGUACCGUUUCAUCUGGCUGUUCCCUCCAUCCUUUAUCAUACAAUAAAUUAGAAAACAUAAGUGUUCCCUUGAGUUCUGUGAGCCAUCCUAGCAAAUUACAGAACCUGAGGAGGGGGUCCUCGGAACCCUGGACUUGUAGUCAUGUCGGAUGGUACCUGGAGUCGGAGGGAUCUUGUGAGGCUGAGCCCUUACCCUGUGGGGUCUGCGCCAAGUCCAGUUGGUGUCCCCAGCUUGGUGAGCAAAAUCCCACGCAUCUGGUGUCAGAAGAGUAUUCUGCAUGUACAGAGUAGUUUUUCCUUUUCAUUUGGAUACGGGUAGAGAGGCAAAGGCUGAGUAUGGGAUGGCUCGCCUUAGGGCUCGACCCUCCAAGUGGAUCUGAGGUCUGGGGAUGCCCAUUGGGGGCACCCAGACGGGCUUGAAGGACAGGCAGUGAUAAGUGGAAGUGGGUACCUCAUACCUCACUAAGUGCACUGGGCCUCCCCCUCCACCAACUCCCAGCACAGACAGGGGUCCCCAUCCCAGCCAUUGACCUAUGCCCCAGAGCUGUCUGUCCUCCAGGCUGGAGAAACCACACUGACUAAACCCAGAAGACAUUCAUUAGCAGAAACCAGAAGUCACCCAUUGCCCUGGAGGGGUGAGGGGGAAGAGGAACGUGGUUGGAGGUGGCUCUCCACCCUGUGGGGGAGGCUGGAGCUGGUUUUCCAUGCUUCCUUUCUGCAGGCAUGACUCGGCUGUGCAGGUCACCCGGGGGGCUAGGUCACGUCUCUGUGGGAAGCUCUGAAGGAAGGCUGGGGUGCUGCCGCUCCCGGCUCUGGCACCAGCUCCCUUGGGAACUGGACGAGGGCCCCUCGUUCUGCACCUGCCCCCAGACGUGGCUGACCCAUGCAGCAUUCACUUCCUUUCCAUGAGCCCUUGGCCAUGACUUCUGACCUCAAGACUCUGAGGUCCUGCCCCCUCUCCUUCGUCUCUGAGUCACUUAUAUGUCACCAAGAGUGCUGGGAGCUGCCCAGCCUGGUGACGGGUACACAGCCAGCUUGCCUGUUGCCAUCUGCCCUUCUUCCCAGCAGGCUCCUCUGGGCCCGGCCCUGGGCCUUCCCAACCUAGGGCUCCCCUCUGCUUCCUGGUCGCAGAGAAGCACGGCUCUUCGGACCCAUGUCAGUGUUGUCGUGAGAGCGGGCUCCAGUCCGUCCAGGUGGAAGGAGACAUGCCCCAGUGCUGGGAGUCUGGCUCUAGCCCAGGCUGGUCACGUGGAAGACACUCGGGGGCAUGCUGGUCAGAACUUUGCGGUGCGCCUCCUCGGGGGAAAGGCCUGUUUUGUGGCCUUUGCUGAUUUUGGUGGUGUAAGUUGUCCCGCUGUGCUCACCUGAUUUCAGAAUACUAACAAUACUAACGUGAUGUCAGCCACUUGAAGACUUCCUGCAAACUUAACAACCAGCUCUUGCUAGCCAGUCAGAGCCCGUGGGAACACAUCCCUCUAGUAAACGUGCAGUUGGAAAGGUGAACAGAGCAAAGGGGGCUGCGUUUACCUGUGAUCCGUCAGCCUGCCCAGACACAAGGAGACAAUUCUUGUGAUGGUGGUGUGAGCAAAAGAAAGGAUGCUCCACCAACCAGAGAGGUGGUGUGUAGGUGAGAGAGUGGAGGUGUAAGGGGUUCUGGCCCCCAGAGUGGACAAGCCCAGUGCCAUUUCUGUAGGACUGACUGCUUUCCUCCUCACAGAUUCGCAGCCAGACUGAUGGGUUAUUUUUCCAUGAGAACAGUGAGAGUCACUGAGAAAACGUGGUUAGCCCUAAGAAACCCAGUGUACAACCAGCUUUUCUGAAGGAGGAAAUGAUUGUGAACAAAACUUAGGAGAGUGCUCUAAGGCAUGGAAGGAAAACUCUAGAGCAAGCUGACUUAGAGAGGUGCCAUAGCAGAAGAUAGUAAAUCAGUAAGGGAUAGUGGAGCAGCUCUAAGUGCAGCUUGGAAGAUGCCUGAAGGUCCUAGUGGACCACAAGAACUAAUAAUGUUUUCUAUUCCAGGAAGACAUUAGCCAGCCAGCACAGAGAUAACUGAGUCCUAUAAUCAACAAGUGGACCGUAGCAGUCCAGCAUUCAGAGUCAGGCAGCUGGGCUCUGCAUUUAGGAAGUGUGCGAGUGAGGAAGGGAGUGGGGCAGGGGGACCCCUAAGACCAGAGAAAGGAAGGCUGGGCAACGGGGCUGCUCAGCCUCUACUUUAUGGAGAUGUGGCAAGGCAGUGCUGUUAUAAGGUGGAGAAAGCUUUUUCCCCUGAGUUUUAGGUAGGUGGUGCUCUGGGGAUGUGCUCAGACCACACAGGCCAGGCCGGAGAGCUGGGAGAUGGGGAGAGGAUUCCCUGUGCUUGCCGCUUGAGGCCCGGUCAAGCCACCGAGUAUCCCAAGAUGCCAGGGGUGGAAGGGAGCAGCAGAGCUCUGUGGCCAGGACGGGGAUGGGCAGAACCGGGGAGACCAUGAGGGGCCUGGGCAGAGAAGAGGAAAUGGCUAUGGGGGCUGGGCUGGGGUGGAGGUGGGGCUCUGAGUGGGACCUGGGACAGGGUUGGGGACCUGUGGGUUCCUAGGAGAGCUCAAGAGUGCGGUUAGACCAGAGGAAGGACAUCCCUAAUGACGGAACACCAGCCAGUGAGCCAUGUCCUCGGGUGUCUCCGGGGCCUGCCAGCCAGGGACAAAUGGUUCCUGAAAGCCACUAGGGCCCCCCAGAAACCCUUGCCUGCAGACAUGUGGCCGGUGUUGCUCACUGGUGCUGAGCCCUGCGGGCUGCCAGGCCCUACACCUGAGUGCCCUGCCUUCUGCACCUGGACAGGCAAGGUGGGGCCGGUCCUCCUCACAGAUGGUUAAACUGAGGCCCAGGUGGAGGGAGGAGCUCCCGUUUCCCUGCUCCUGUGAGUGCUCUGCCGGCUCGUGCCAGGGGCCUGUGUGAUCGCCUGGGCAACCGGGUGCUGGCCAGGGCCACUCCCCCGCUGCGGCCCAGUGUUCACGGGGCGGGGGGGGGGACACGACAUUCAGACUUUCUUCCCUGUUCUUUUAGUUGUAGUAAGAGCGACAGGAUUGAGUGUUUUCCCCACUGCUCAGUGCACGGCUCAGUGGCAUUAAACACGCGCACAUGUCCCACUGUCCGCGGACCUUUUCCGGCUUCCGGAAGGACUGCCCCCGCCAAACCCUAACUGCGGGCCCUUCCCUGGCCCCCGGCACACCCCUUCCACGUCCUGGGACUGUGACUCUGCAACCUCCGGGACUUCCUGGAAGUGGAAUCCUGCCGUAUUUGUCCUUUUGCGCCCGGCUCUUGUCACUGAACCCAGUGUCCUCCGCCCCACGCCCCCCAGCCCCCGUGGCAGGUGUCCGGCACUUCUUCCGUUGUUGCGGCUGGGUACUAUCGAUGAUACUCCAUUGGGUGGGUGGACAGGCCACACUGUUUGUCCAUUCGUCCAUGAUGCACAUGGGGUUGCUUCCGCUCGGGGGCUCUGUGGGUCCUGCUGCUGUGGACGUGGGGCGGGCGCUCAGGCACAGGGGCCACAUGGGUCCUCUCACCCUCUGCUGAGAGCCGCUCCCCGCACCCCAAGUACCCUGUCCCCUCCCCGUGGAACAGCCUCCCCACUUCUGUCCCUGUCUGGUUCCCUAGAGCCCAGGUCAGUGUCACCUACACGCCACCGCCCCCCACCCCACAUGCCUCUCCUCUGCCACAGCUCAAAUCCACCAGUCCCAGCCAGUGGAGCCUUUGCUGGUGCGGUUCGGGGGACUGGGAUGACCUCCGACUGCACCCAUGAGACUCCACGGAGAGGGAGCACUGUCCUGUGUCCCGACACAAGGGCCACCCUCUCCCCGGCCGCAUCCCCUUCCGGGUUGGGCUUCCCCAGGACUUCAUCGUCCAUCAGACUAAAUGAUUUGUUCCUAUCUUUUUUGUCUUUCUCUGGGGUUGGUUUCAGUUCACUCCCUGCUGUGUCCUGGGCCGGUGCAGUGGCGCCCAGCGGUCCCUGGUGGUUGUGGGUUGGGGGUGAGUACGCGGCCCCAUGAGGGUGUCUGCCCUGCUGGGGAUGGUGUUAGUGGGCGCUCCUCUGCCUGGAGCGUGGUGGGCCUAGCACCGCAGCCCCCUGCGUCCUGCAUACCUCUGGGCUCAUCCUUGGCCCUGAGAGGGCACCCCAGAUCGACGGCUGCAGGUAGGCGGCAGGGUGGGUGCCAAGGUGAUGAGGGGCCCAGCCAGCACGCCUGGUGUCCCUCUAGCACACAGUAGGCACACCGCAAGUCUUUGGUUGACCGUUGAAUCAUGCCAGGGUCCCUGCCUGGGAACCGGGGCCUUACUUAGGACCCGCGCCGGAGUUCGCUGGCUUUCCAGGACUUCUGUGGCACCUGCCAGGUCCCUCCACUUGAAGCCCUCGGCCUGGCUACCCUGUCUUGGGGACAGUGACCUCUCAGGACACAUGCCUGCCCCUUGGGUCACCUGGGCAGUCACCCAGGUGUCAGGAAAGGCUGUUAUACAGAGGACGCUGGGGAGGCAGCAGUCUGGAGUGGUUCAGCCCAGCAGAAGCCUCCAGAAUCCCCUCUGCCCUCGUCCCUGACUCACCAUCGUCGUGUGGUCCACCUCCCAGCGCGGGGAAGAUGCAGGCUGCCUGAAGACAGGACCUGUGUCUUACCCACCCCUGUGUCCCAGUGCCCAGCACAGGGCCUGGCCUACGGCAGUUGCCCAGUAAAUACUUAUCAAAUGAGCCUGGAGGCCGGCCGCCUUAGUGCAGGAAGGGAGUGGGUUGCGGGAGCCUGAGGCUAGCCAUGGAGUACAGGGGUGACCCAGGGUUGGAGGCAGGUGUAGAGGGAGAGCACCUGCAGAACCAGCCCCUCACCUUGGCGGCUGGGCGAGGGUGCUCUCGGGCAGCCCCCUCCUCCCAGUCCUGGGAAGAGCACAUCAGGUGGGGGCUGUUCGGGGUGGGUGGGGUGCAGCGGAGGGAGGGGUGCAGCGGAGGGAGGGCUCGCCCUGACGUGGAGGGGUGAUUCUGGCUGCAGUUUAACCCCCAGUUUUCUCCUGCCCUUCCCACCGAAGCGGGAGUUGGGGAGGGGGGCCAGUAACACACACCGAUGGUCCUUUGGUACUGACACUCCCAGUCUGCAGUGGAGGCGGCCAGUUGCCGACACCUGCCACCGGCAGACCCUCGGUGGGGAGGCAGUGCUGGAGUCGGCCCCCCACACAGGCUGUGGGAGCGGAGCAUGUUGGCCAAGCUGGGGAGCGCCAGAGAGGCUGAGGUGGUGUGCCCAGUGGGGUGCACUGAGGGGCGGCCUGGAGGGCCCCCAGCUCCUCCCAGCCCAGACUCCCUCUUUCCUGCGAGGACUGAGUCUCUGCACGGCCCUGCCUGAGUCUCUGCACGGCCCACUCCCACUUGCCCUCCGGGCCUCUGUUUCGAGGCCCUCCUUUUCUGGGCAGCCUUCGCUGGCCGCCGCCAGAGUCGGGCGCCUCCUUGGGGCCCUGAGACUCCCAGCACCCCCGCACCUAGGCCCUUGGGUAAAAACCAUCCAGCCCCUGGACCGAGAUCCCUCAGGAUCUGCUGAGUCCCAUCCAGUCACCUGCUUCCAGAUUGAGGUUCAAAUCUAGGCUCCCUCCACCCCGGCUCCACCCCCCCCCCCCCACCAGGCCCUGUUUCCUCCGCUGAGAUGCAGCGGGGCGGGGCCCACCGUAAGCUCCCACUAUGUUGCACUCCUUCCCAGCACGGGGCUUAUUGAUCAAAUGAACAAAUGGACAGAGAUACACGGUGGGUCUCAGAAGAGGAAUCGGCCUGCCCCUCCUGCUUGGGGUGGGGGCAUCAUGGGAUCGGGGCACUGAGUCAGGGUGGAACUGGUGGGGACCCCGGGUCACCGGGUCUCAUCUAGGGCACCCCCUGCGCCAGCGGAGCCCCGCUGCUCUCUGACCCGAGUGUGGGGGAUGGCACCCAGCCCUGCCCAGGCAGUCGCGUCAGUCAGCCACCUGGGCACCUGGCCGGCCCUGCCUGGUCUUCCCCGCAGUGCAGGUGAGGGGUGAGUCGUUCGCCACCAAGUGGCAGGACCCACAUGACAAGCAGUCACUGGGGGCCUGAUUCACAGCUUUCCAGGAAGUGGUUAACGGGAUCCCAGAGCCCGGGGCUUGAUGAGGUCUCCUGGCUGAGUCACGGUGGCCCCUGGAGGAAGGAGCCGUUACUGAGCCUCUCUGGGCAGCCCCCUUCUCCCCAAGGCCCUAGGACCUCACCAAGACCCCUUAUCCUAGCCUUCAGCUGCUGCAGGCCCAGGCCCCAGGCCUUCCCUUCAGCACCCAAACUGGGGGACUUUCGCAAUGUCAGCGCCACUGGCCUAGACCUCUGGGUCCAGGUUCUGCUCCUCCAGAGGGUAGAUCCGGGGCCCACAGCUGGAGCCAGGGUCCUGAGUUCCCAAACCAGAUCCCUGAGUCCACUGCUCCAGGGCAGAGGGAGGGGUCUCAGCUAGAGCCCCCAGUCCCCUUAACGGCUCAUUUCCUCCCAGCAGUCCCACCCCUCCUGUGACCUAUAGCCUGGGGUGGCAGGGACUGAGCCACUCACUCAGUUGGGGGACUGGUCCAACGGCAUUCCACCUCCCAGGAUAAAACCUCGGGUGACCUGUAGGGAACUCCACACACCCUGUCACAGGCAGGACUGCUCUCCCAGCCGUGCCUGUGCCCCUGCUGGCCAUGGUAGUUUCCAGAGCUCCCCCAGCCCUGGGUGGGGGUGGUCUCAGGAUCUUAACCCCGCUGCUGCUUCUGGCUUCUGCAGCUUCCCUCCAUGCUGCCAGGAUACCUGCUCCCCCAACCUGUGGGAAGCCCCAGCGGCUGAACCGGAUCGUGGGUGGCGAGGACAGCACCGAUGCCGAGUGGCCCUGGGUUGUGAGCAUCCAGAAGAACGGGACCCACCACUGUGCGGGCUCGCUGCUCACCAGCCGCUGGGUGGUCACCGCUGCCCACUGCUUCAAGGGCAAUCUGAACAACCCAUCCCAGUUCUCUGUGCUGCUGGGAGCCUGGCGGCUGGGGAACCCUGGCCCGAGGUCCCAGGAGGUGGGUAUCGCCUGGGUUCGGUCCCACCCCGUGUACUCCUGGAGAGAGGGCUCCCGUGCGGACAUCGCCCUGGUGCGCCUGGAGCACUCCAUCCGCUUCUCUGAGCGAGUCCUGCCCAUCUGCCUGCCGGAUUCCUCCAUCCGCCUCUCUCCGAACACGCGCUGCUGGAUCGCAGGCUGGGGGAGCAUCCGUGACGGAGUGCCCCUACCCCAUCCCCAGACCCUGCAGAAACUGGAGGUUCCCAUCAUCGACUCAGAAAUCUGCGGCCGCUUGUACUGGAGGGGGGCAGGGCAGGGGGCCAUCACCGAGGACAUGCUGUGUGCGGGCUACCUGGAGGGGCAGCGAGAUGCCUGUCUGGGUGACUCCGGAGGCCCCCUCAUGUGCCAGGUGGAGGGCACGUGGCUGCUGGCGGGCAUCAUCAGCUGGGGUGAGGGCUGUGCAGAGCGCGAUCGGCCCGGCGUCUACAUCAGCCUGGCCGCCCACCGCUCCUGGGUGAUGCGGAUCGUGCAGGGGGUGCAGCUCCGCGGGCAUUCGCAGGGGAGCGGGCCCUCCGCGGGCCGCGCGCCUUAGGAUCCAGGGAGAUGGGCGGCCACCAUCGUAAGUGAGCCACCUGCCUCCGGGGGGCGCCCGCGUGCCGGCACCGCCGCCUCUGCAGCGAGGCCCCGCCCCGCCCGCGGGAGCACCUUUCUAUGUGUAUAUAUGUUAACGAUUUUUAGUUAUUUGUAGCCCUGCCCGCAUAUCUUAUUUAUUCUAAUUUCAAUAAAUUAUUUAUUCCCCUGG